AUUUCCUCAACUGGGACCCAACUAUUUCAGAGAACGCCAACUGGGUAGACCCACUGUGACUUCCAGGCGUCUACUGCAGUCUCGUUCUGAAGGGGUUGUACCCACGGAAGGAGUUCUUUAUAUAGUCUGGUAACUUCACAAAACGACACAAUGGCAAAGAAGGGCGACUCGAAAAAGGCCCCUAGGGAGGUGUCCACACAGCCCUUGACAACAGAUCCCCGUUUCGCUAAAGUACACUCCGACCCUCGUUUCAUCAAAGCGAAGCGAGAUGCCAACAAGGUCAAAAUCGACAGCCGUUUCAUCGGCAUGUUGCAGAGUGAGGAGUUCGGCACAGGCUCGUCAGGACCGGCGAUUGACCGUUACGGUCGACGAGCGAAGAAAGGGACAAAGAAGGAGCUUGAAAGGUUUUACAAGCUUGACGAUGAAGAGGAGAGGAAAGAGGAAAGCGGGAGCGGGAGUGGAAGUGAAAGUGGCAGUGGCGACGAGGUGGAGGACGAGGCAGAGGGCGGCGUUUCUGCGGACGUUGUAGUAAGCGACGAAGUGGACAGCGAGGAGGAGGACGAGGAAGACGAGGAAGACGAAACUGGCGGCCGGAUAGCAGGAUACGACCUUGCGCGUGGAGGUGCAAUGCUCGAAUCCGAUUCUGAGAGCGAGGAUGAAGAUGAGGAUGCUGUUGAGGAUGACACAGAGGAGCGGGACGUACUGGAUAUCGGACCAUACGGAGAAGAGACGGUCCCUACAGGCGACGAAACAUCCCGCAUCGCCAUCGUCAAUAUGGAUUGGGACCACGUGAAAGCAAAAGAUCUUUUCAAGAUCUUUGACGGUUUCAAGCCGGCAAGUGGAACCGUGAAGAGUGUCAAGAUAUACCCGUCGGAGUUUGGCAAAGAGAGGCUCGAGAAGGAAGCCAGGGAAGGCCCACCAGCAGACAUCUUUGAGCCCGUCGGUGGCGACGAUUUGUCGAAACCGUUGAUCCAAGCAGAUGACGGGACCGAGCAGUACGACAAUGUCAAGCUACGAAAGUACCAAUUGGAGAGGUUGCGAUACUACUACGCUGUACUCGAAUGCGACUCGGUCGAAACCGCAAGGUCGAUCUACAAAACCUGUGACGGUACAGAAUACGAAAAGUCCGCAAAUUUCUUCGACCUGCGCUAUGUACCCGAAGGAAUGGAGUUCGACGACAGCCCUGCCGACGAAGCCUACGAGCCACCGAGCGUAUAUCAGCCAAAGGACUUUGUCACACAGGCCUUGCAGCAUUCCAAAGUCAAGCUGACCUGGGACGAAGAGGAUGAUGACCGUGUCCGGGUCACGAGACGGAAGUUUACAAAGGACGAUCUGCAGGAUAUGGAUUUCAAGGCAUACUUGGCCUCUUCUUCCGAGGAUGAGGAUGGUGAAGAUGCGGACGCUAUUCGGCAGAAGUUUAAGGCUCUUUUGGGGGGUGGCGAGGGAGCGGGGGAUGUGUUUGGAAGCAAGGACAAAGGAGAGGAGAUGGAGAUCACCUUCACGCCUGGGUUGAGUGAGAAGGCAGCUGCUCUUUUGGACAAGAAGAAGGGGAAGGACGCCUCGAAGGACGAGACUGUGUUUGAUGCUUACUUGCGCAAACGCAAGGAAAAGCGGAAGGCGAAGAAGGCUGCCAACAAGGCAGGCGCGGAAGAGGGACCAAAUUCAGAAGAUGCUCUGGUAUCUUCUGGCGACGAAGGUGUCGACAUGGACGAUCCAUUCUUCCGUGACGCGUUUGACGACAACUACGCCCCCAAAGGCUCAAUAGCCAAACCCGAGAAAGAAUCCAAACCCAGCAAAACCAAAAAGGCCAAAAACAAACCACCCACCGCCGAAGAACUGAAAGCCAAAGCCGAGCUCGAACUCCUGAUGGCCGACCCGACCUCAACCGAGAACCGCCACUUUGACGCAAAACAGGUCGUCAAAGAAGAAAAACAGUCCCGCCGCAAAAAGAACCGUAACAAAAAAGACGCGAACAAGGAGAAGCGCGAGGGCGGCGUGCAGGAUGGGUUUGAGAUUAAUACUGCGGAUCCGAGGUUUACGGAUCUGUUGGAGAAUCAUGCGUUUGCGGUUGAUCCGACAAAUCCUCACUUCAAGAAGACGCAAGCGAUGGGCAAACUCCUGGAUGAGCGCCGGAAACGGUCCGCUGCGGCACAUCCCGACCAGGAGGUUCCCAAAUCGACCGCGGCUUCGUCCAAACCCGCUACCUCGGACGUCAACAUCUCUCAACUGGUUGAUUCCGUCAAACGCAAAAGCGCCAUGGCGACCAACUCGGGCCGCGGUAAACGAGCAAAACGAUCCUAAUAACCAAAUUCACCGCGACCCCCUUCCAACGGAGUACACCCUAGUCCAGAAUUUUUGUCAGAUUCUAUUCUCUAAAUAGAAGCAGCCUAAUUUAUGUAGAUCGUUCCAUCAUCAUCUCAUCACCAAUAUAUUUUCCUUACACAAAUGAAACAGGCCGAGCAAUGUGUCGAU